GGGCUUCACUCGCCACCUCGCGCCUGGACCAGGAGCGCCGCGGGAAGCACGAGCCGUGGAGAGGGCGCUGCGCUCGGGCUGCCCAAUGCGUGGACUAUCUGCCGCCGCUGCUCGUGCAAUAUGCUGGAGCUCCAGAACAGCUAAACGGAGUCGACACACCGCUGCCUGGGCUGGAUCGCAGUGCUGCCUUUCCUUAUGAAGAAGACACAAACUUGGAUUAUCACUUGCUUUUAUCUUCAACUGCUCCUAUUUAAUCCUCUCGUCAAAACUAAAGGGAUCUGCGGGAAUCGUGUGACUAAUAAUGUAAAAGACGUCACAAAAUUGGUGGCAAAUCUUCCAAAAGACUAUAUGAUAACCCUCAAAUAUGUCCCCGGGAUGGAUGUUUUGCCUAGUCAUUGUUGGAUAAGCGAGAUGGUAGUACAGUUGUCAUACAGCUUGACUGAUCUGCUGGACAAGUUUUCAAAUAUUUCUGAAGGCUUGAGUAAUUAUUCUAUCAUAAACAAACUUAUGAAUAUAGUGGAUGACCUUGUGGAGUGUGUGAAAGAAAACUCAUCUAAGAAUGUAAAAAAAUCACCUAGGAGCCCAGAACCCAGACUCUUUACUCCUGAAGAAUUCUUUAGAAUUUUUAAUAGAUCCAUCGAUGCCUUCAAGGACUUUAUGGUGGCAUCUGAAACUAGUGAUUGCGUGGUUUCUUCAACAUUUAGUCCUGAAGAAGAUUCCAGAGUAAGUGUCACAAAACCAUUUAUGUUACCCCCUGUUGCAGCCAGCUCCCUUAGGAAUGACAGCAGUAGCAGUAAUAGGAAGGCCGAAAAUUCCACUGGAGACUCCAGCCUACACUGGGCAGCCAUGGCAUUGCCAGCAUUCUUUUCUCUUGUAAUUGGCUUUGCUUUAGGAGCCUUAUACUGGAAGAAGAGACAACCAAAUCUUACAAGGGCAGUGGAAAACAUACAGAUGAAUGAAGAGGAUAAUGAGAUAAGUAUGUUGCAAGAAAAAGAGAGAGAGUUUCAAGAAGUGUAAUUUUGGCUUGUAUCAACACUGUUACUUUCAUACAUUGGCUGGUAACAGUUCAUGUUUGCUUCAUAAAUGAAGCAGCUUUAAACAAAUUCAUAUUCUGUCUGGAGUGACAGACCGCAUCUUUAUCUGUUCUUGCUACCAAUGACUUUAUAUGGAUGAUUCAGAAAUUGGAACAGAGUGUUUUACUGUGAAACUGGCACUGAAUUAAUCAUCUAUAAAGAAGAACUUGCAUGGAGCAGGACUCUAUUUUAAGGACCUGGGGGAUUUGUGGUCUCAUUUGGAAUUUGCAACUGAUGUUGGCAGAGAAAGCACACGUCUCAGACUGCACACACCAUUUGCAUGGCUCCAUAAAUGUCUAAAUGCUAAAAAGAAAACAUAGCUUUAUCCUUCAGUUACAACCUGCAGCCUGUAGUUAUCUUGGUCUCUGCAAGUAGAUUUCAGCCUGGUUAGGGGGAGUAAUAAUUUUUCUCAAAGGGAUUUAGAAAAAAUUUUAAAGAACAAAAACUCAGUAGCAUCGGCCACUGUACAGUAUAGAAAGCAAUGGGAAUUAAGUGAUUAGAGUUGGCAACAUGUCAGCUUUGUAAUUGCUGAUUUACAAUAUGGGUCUGAUCUUGAUCUUUUCCUGUCGUAAACGGGGCUCACUCAUAUCCCACUAGACAAAUGGACAUGGUUGUCUGGUUCUCUCCAUGCAGGGGAGACUGAAGUAUGCCUCGGCAGAGGGGAAACUCUCUGAAAAGAGUCAUCGCAGGAAGAAGCUAUGAACACUGAACAGCAGAACAGUCUGCCGAGGACAUUUGGCACCCCUGGUGAAGUCUGCCUUUUCCCUUGACCACUAUAGAGUGUAUAAAUCAUGUUUGAAAAAUAUGUUAUGACAUUUUAUAUUCUAAAACUAUUACAGAGUUAUGUAAAUGGACUUAGGAGAAAAUGCUGAAUGUAUGAAGGUCCCAUUUUUAAUUUCUACCAUGGGAGAGAAUAUAAAUAAAUUAUGAUAUUUAGUAUCUAAGUUAGAAAACAACACCCACCUGCUAAUAUGUGUGUUGAAAACUAGGUUACUUGGCUUUUACAAGAAUGCAAGGAAUCAGGAAACUUUAUUUAUAGUAUAAUCACGAUUAUCUGUUUAAAGGAUCCAUUUAUUUAAAAUCAGGCACUCUAUAUUCAUUAAGGUUUAUAAAUUAAAAAUAAAAAGAGAGCUUUAUGUAGUUAUGCAUGUCAGUUUGCUACUUAAAAUGCGUGACAGCAUUUGUCAUAUUAAAAGUGAAUUUGGCAGGAAUUCCCAAAAUGGACAUUGUGCUUUUAAACUAGAACGUGUAAGACACGAUGUGAAUUCCCCUUGCCAAUUUUUUUUAAUAGUUGAAAGAACAUCUGACUAUAGUCAAAGAAUGAUUUCUUAUGGUUUAUUUCGUGAAGGUUCUUUUAACAUAUCAUGAAAGGAGUCCAAAGCAUUCCGUUCUAACUUAAUCCUUGUCAUAACAUUAUUGCCACGUUCUAUAAACCUAAGGUGACCAUUUUCAAUGUACAGAUAUAAAAGAGCAUGACAAACUGCUAGCUUCCCUUAAUUGCAAAAGUCCAAGAAUUUCUAGUUCAGUUGGAUUUUAGCUUAUGUUCAAAGCUAAUCCAAAUAUAGCUCCAGUAAGUGGCAUUUGCUCUUUUUGUACCAAUGAGCCCAGGUAACAUCUAUUUUCCCUUUCUUCUCUAAAGUGCUGUGGUUCCUCAAACACUAGUCAUUUCUCUAAGAUACAACCCAGGUGCUUUGAGAAGCUGCAUUAACUUGUUUAGGCCCUCAGAUAUCCCAUAGUACAAUCAAUUAGUAAUAAAACAAGAGAUCAGUUUAACUGCUGAGAGGACCUGUCUCCAUGUGUGCAUUGAUUGUUUUGAGGGAAAUAGACAUAGAUUAAUAUGAGUUGUGUGUGUAGGUCGUGUGUAGAUGAGAAGAUUGAUACUUUUCAAUCUAAUGGUUUGAUUUAUUUAACCAAUGGUUUCAGUUUGCUUGGCCAUAUGAAAAUGCUGUUUGAUGAGCUUGAGAGUACAAAAAAUAUACUUUUGUUCUCAAAGCUAGUAGCUGGGUUUUAACACUCAAGGACAUGGUCUUAAUCAAUAGAGUUAAAUUAACAAAUUCAGCAAGUUAUGAAAUCUGACAUGGUAGGGUAGGGGAGAUGCAUCCUGCCUAUUAAACUUGUUGGUUUAUUGAGAGUUACAUGAAUUGCCAAUUUUUAAAACACUGAAGUUCAGUAAAAUGCAUGAACAAUAGAAAAGUGCUGAACAUUAUUUUGGAUGCUAGCUACUUGGACAUUAACUGUGUCAUAUCUGCUUUGAGAUAAAAAAAAUAUAUAUAUAUAUAUAUAAAUAUCUUUGCUUAUUUUAUCCCACAUGUGUUCUGAAAAUCCUUCUUCAUAAAUCAUGAAAAACUCACAACUGAGAUGGUAAACCAUGAAAUCACCUUUUAAAUUAGUGCCGUGUAUCUGAUAGUUUUUUCUUAUGUUUCAAAUUUGCCUUUUAAAAUUAUUUCAGAAGUCUGCAGAUUCUAAAUUAUACUGAAAGGGUCACACCUCUUUGGUAGAAACCAAGUCUAUAAAGAAACUGGAACUGUGGUAGAUGGUGAUUUCCCAGUGUUAUUGAAGUGUUCCUAGAUAUUGUGUUAUAAUCUAAUGUGCUUACCACACUGCCACCUUUUAAAGAGUCAGAGACAAACUGAUUUUUUUUUUCAAUACAAUAAUAGGACAAGUAACCUAUGCUCUUAAAAAAAUGAUUACAUAUGUGAAAAAUGAAAAUGUAUCAAAAAGUGUGUGUCCAUAAUGAAGUAUUUACUUUUAGUAAGAAUUAAACACAUUUCAUUGUACCUUAAAGUACUUUGGCACAUUUUGUUACUCUAAUUCAAUUGAAGUUAUAAAUGAACAAAAAAAUCCAUUCAGAAAUUAGGGAUAUUUCUUAAUGUUUUUCUGCAGCUAGGUUUUGGUUUCAAAACUGAAUUCCAGUAGGGGUCUUUUAGGCAUUCCAUAUCCGUUCUUCUUUUAGAAAUAUAUUCUUCAAAAAGUCAGUUUGGCAUAGUGAAUUGGAUCUUGGGAAGGAUUGUCAGGAGCCUCCACUGUGCCCUUAACUGAUGAAAUAAAUCACCUCCCUUUUUUGGAUCUCAAUUUUUUAUUUAUCUGUAUGGUAAACAUGGAGGUCACUCCCUAGGGGUGAGCCCUAUUGCUGUAUGACUGAAAAAGAAGAUAUAAUAGAGAUGAAACUAUCCCAUACAAAAUGUCUAAGUCUGGUCUCUGUGAAUAAGCAUCUAGACCAUAAAAAGUCAUUGCUAUUCUUGUUUCUAAUGUAAAUAAGGUCCACUGGUAAAAGUGAAAUUCAGUCUCAAGUAGGGUGAAUUGGAUAACAUUUAUACAAGAGAUGGCUUUUUCCUUUGCUUAGAUAAACAUUUUAGAUCACCUCCAAAGAAUGAAAACCAGUAGUACAUUUUAGUCCAUAAGAGAUACUAUGCAAUGUGCAUAAUAUUUGGAAAUGCACCAAAUUAAGCAUUUAUAUGUUCUCAUUUUAUUGAAAGAGCAGAAAAUGUAAAAUGUUCAUAAAGUUUUCGAAUGCCAAAAGAUAUUUUAGAACCAAUUCAUAAAAGGGUAAUCCAUAAAUUACAUUUUAAAAUUGGAAAGCAGGAUAAGAAUUUUAAAGUAAGCCAGCUUAUCUUUGAAACGAUACUAUUUUGAAAUGGGCUUUAAAAUGUAAUCAUUCAGAUUGAAAUUCUAACUAGUUCAUUUGUGGUGUUUGAUCACGCAAUUCAUGGUGUUGCUGCUUUCCAUUAACUAGUCUUGAGAUGCCUUUGUAAAGAUAAAAUAAUGGUACUUCCAUUUCAUAACAAGGUUUUGUUUUAGGUAUAAUCGAUAUUAAAAUGGAUAUUUAUGAUCCUAAAAUGUUUGCUAAGCAUUGUAAAUUUAUUUAUAACUGCCAUCUUCAACUAUAUCCUUAUGAUGUUUUUAAAAGUAAAAUUAAAAUAAUUGUUUGAACUAAAAACCAUUGUGUUUUCAUAUACUUGGUUUCUGAGCUACAAGACUCACUAAAUGUAAUUUUCCAAUCAAAAUAUCCUGUUCUAUAUUCUAAGGAUUAAUGUGUGAUUAUAGUGUCCGCCUGCCACUAUUUGUUAAAGCAAUGGACUUGAAAAGUAUUCAGACGUUUAGAUGGAUGCACAGAUAAUUGCUAGUUCAGUCAUAGAUUGGAGUUUGCAUAUUAUAAUGUAAAUGUAUGUCAACACUAUUCUAAAUAGUUUUAUUAUGACUGAAGUUUAAUUAAGUAAAAACAAGUUUGUAAAAUGUGAUGUGUAUGUGUAUAUACUGUAUGUGUACUUUUUAAAAUAGGUAUAUGUCAUGACCCUUUUUUAUACAGGUUUGAAUUUGAAAUUACAUUAUAUAUACAUAUACUUUAUUGUUCUAAAUAAAGAAUUUUAUGCACCCUCCUAAA